AUGACGACAUUGUUGGCCAACGGUGCACCUCGUAACGGCGUUGCUAAGUGCAUGCCCACAUCGGACAUAAGUGAGUCCCUCAAUUCCGAGUGCGAUACGGAUGAGCAGCGAGUCACUCCAGUCAUUGCUGGUGGACCGACGAUCAUUGAAGAAAAAACUUUGAUUAACGGUCGUGUCACGGUCACCAGUGGGGACACUGAUGCGACAUCAUCAUCGACACUUCGGCACCGUUCUACCCAUCAUGAAUAA